CGACAGUAGAAUGUAGCCCGACCGCCUCCGAGUCUGAGCACAAAGGGGCUGGAUCACGUGACCUGGGAGUUUGCAGUAUGGCAGCCGGGGAUCCUGAGGUCGCUCGUAUAGAGUGCUCCUAAAAAUCCUAGUUGCGUUAUUGAGCCUGGGUUUUAUGAUAGCUGUUGCCGAUUUCAUCCGACAUGAACGCGAUAAGCGAGAGAUCCACGCAUUGUUACACACAUAUACUGUUCAGAGGAAGGUCUAAUCUUCGGAAAUAGUGUCUGAGAAAAAGACAUUAGGCGACAUUUAUUGUCUGCUUUUCUCCGUAAGUGAUAUCUGUGCACCAGACAUACAACCGCAAAGCAGGAAAAAUGGCAGCACCUUUGGUACUUUCUGCAGUAAUCUUCAUCACCUGCAUAGUGUGCUACUACAACAGCCUGCAGUGCGGCUUUGUGUUCGAUGACAUCAGUGCCAUCAAGGACAACAGAGAUCUUAGACCUCACAUGCCACUGAAGAAUAUCUUUUUCAAUGACUUCUGGGGAACCCCUAUUCAUAAAGAGCAGAGUCACAAGUCAUAUCGGCCUUUAUGUAUUCUGACAUUUCGGUGGAAUUAUUCCCUACAUCAGUUGGAGCCUAUGGGUUAUCAUUUGGUCAAUAUGAUGUUACACAGCAUCGUAUGUCUCAUGUACUUCAGAAUGUGCUCCAUGUUUCUACCAGAAAUCUCAAGUUUUAUAGCAUCAAUGCUCUUUGCCGUCCAUCCAAUCCAUACUGAAGCUGUGACAGGUGUGGUUGGGAGAGCUGAAACCUUGUCCUCUGUGUUUUUUCUUGCAGCCUUCAUCUUGUACACCAAAUCAACUAAGAGGAAACAUGUCACAGGCUGGAGGAAUUUGGUUUUAUCUAUGAUCUCUGUUGCCACUGCAAUGUUAUGUAAGGAGCAAGGCAUCACAAUCACGGGUAUUUGCGCAGUGUACGAGUUGAUAGUUACUCAGAAGCUUCGCUUGAGUGACUUACACUACAUGUUGCGUUCGGCAGUGAGUGGAAAGGGAUCCCUAAAUUCAUCUUGGACGUCAGAUGCAACUAAGCGACUUAGCGUUCUAGGAGCAACAACUAUCUGUCUUCUUAUGAUGAGGUUGCAGAUCAUGGGUUCAAGAUUACCAGUAUUUACUAGGUUUGACAAUCCUGCAUCAGUAGCACCAACUCCUGUUCGACAGUUGUCAUACAACUACUUAAUUAGUGUCAAUUUGUGGCUCAUGCUGUUUCCUUGUGAUCUGUGCUGUGAUUGGACAAUGGGAACUGUGCCAUUAGUUGAAUCAUUACUUGACGCACGUAAUUUAGUGACACUGAUUUCUUAUGCAAUCCUCUCGCUUCUGACAUACGUGGCUGUUGUUACAGACAACAGGCAGCAAGCAACAGUCAUAAUUAUGAGUCUUGUAUUCUUGAUACUACCAUUUCUGCCAGCCUCCAACUUGUUCUUCCCAGUGGGAUUUGUGGUUGCAGAAAGGAUUCUUUACAUUCCUUCCAUGGGAUUGUGUAUGCUAAUUGCCUACGGUUGGAGUCUUUUGGCUCAGAUGAGGUUUAAGAAAUUGGCAUGGCUUUCAGUGGGCUUCCUACUGUUAGUCCAUGGCUGUAAGACUUACGCACGUAACUUGGACUGGGAAUCUGAAUACACUAUCUUCAUGGCUGGACUGAAAGUGAACCAGCGCAAUGCAAAGCUCUUUAAUAAUGUUGGUCAUGCACUUGAGAGCCAAGGACGUUUUCAUGAGGCUUUACAAUACUUCCAAAAAGCUGUAAGUGUUCAGCAAGAUGAUAUUGGAGCACACAUCAAUGUUGGUCGAACAUUCAACCAUUUGAAAAUGUUCAAGGAGGCUGAAGAUGCAUAUCUUAAGGCAAAAUCACUACUUCCAAAAGCAAAGCCAGGUAAGUCUUAUCAAGCUCGCAUUGCUCCCAAUCACUUGAAUGUGUUCCUGAACCUGGCAAAUCUGAUUGCUCGUAAUGAGACGCGGCUCGAAGAAGCUGACCUGUUAUACCGACAGGCUAUAAGCAUGCGUGCCGACUACACACAGGCCUACAUCAACCGAGGGGACAUUCUACUUAAACUGAACCGUACCAAGGAGGCUCAGGAGGUCUAUGAGAGAGCUCUCUUCUAUGACAGCAACAAUCCUGACAUAUAUUACAAUUUGGGUGUGGUUUUCUUGGAGCAAGGGAAGGCUUCACAGGCUCUUGCCUACUUGGAUAAAGCUCUUGAAUUUGAUCCAGAACAUGAACAGGCCUUACUCAAUUCUGCCAUACUGCUUCAAGAGUUGGGUCGUGCAGAGCUUCGUAAAGUGGCCAGAGAAAGACUGCUUAAACUACUGCGUAAGGAUGCAACCAAUGAAAGAGUGCACUUCAACUUGGGCAUGUUGGCAAUGGAUGACCGAGAUAUUGCAGGGGCAGAGCACUGGUUCAGACGUGCAGUUCAACUGAAAGAAGAUUUCCGCAGUGCCCUAUUUAAUUUAGCACUACUACUAACAGAUGAUCACCGUCCAUUGGAAGCAGCUCCAUUUCUAAAUCAGUUGGUCAAGUUCUAUCCUGACCACGUCAAGGGACUUAUUUUACUUGGUGAUAUCUAUAUUAACACCAUUAAAGAUUUGGAUGCAGCCGAAAAUUGCUACAAACGUAUCUUGCAACUUGAACCUGAAAAUAUUCAGGGCUUGCACAACCUCUGUGUGGUUUAUGUGGAACGAGGAAACCUGCUACGAGCUGAAGCAUGCUUGACUCGUGCUCAUAGACUUGCCCCAAAUGAAGAGUAUGUUUUAAGACAUCUCAACAUUGUUCAAUCAAAGAUCAACAAACUCCAGAUUCCUCGUACUUCAGAAGAGGGAAGGGAAUUUGAAGAUUUUGGGGAUGCACAUGACUUUCAGCAAUAUGAAGAGAAUUUUGAUGAUGAUAACUUGGGGGGAGACUUUGAUGAUGAAUUAGGUGCAGAUGAUCUUGAAGUAAUUGAAGACAUUGGAAGGGAUAUUACACAUAGUCAUAACCACAAAGCAUCUCUCAGGAAAGCAUAUUUGGUAGAAAAGGAAGAGGAUUCUGAUGUUGCAGGUGAUGAAACAUCGAAAUUCACUGACAAUGGAUUACAUCAGCAGAAACUGUCUGAAACAAGAUUUGCACAAACUCUACAAGAAUCAUCUGUGCAGAAUGGUUUUACUAGAGAAAAUAACCCAAACCCUACAAUAGAAGUCACUCCUGAACAACAGAACAUUUCACCUCAAGAAACCCAAUAUUCAGCUUUCAAUUCGCAUCAAAGAAACACAAAACAUAAAUCACACCUUACUUCAACAGACCCAGUCUUUUCAAAUACUCCUACCAGUCAAGCAGAAAGAAGACAGGAGGAGAAAUCUUCAGAAACAAUUUUCUCAGACAGUCUGAAAAAACAAAUCCAAAGGAAAACACUGAGUCAUAAUGAACUGAACAAACAUUCAUCAUCUUAGCAGUCAUAAAUUUGUACCACACAUUUUAGUAAGACUUGCAUUUCUACUCUAGUAAGUAGAUACCUCUGAAAUGUGUAUGUUUCUCCUAUGUAUGGAUCAGGGGGAGAGUUUCUGUACAAUCAGCUGACACCAACAGAAUCUGCAAAUGUUCCAUUUUCCACCCUUUGAUAAGUGUGCCAGACAAAAUGUGCAAUACUUAAUGGGAGGUGUAAUAUUUUUAUUCACAAACAUUUCGCUUGUGCUUUUAAAUAUAUAUCUCUUAUAUCAGUUAAUAAUUCUUUUAUUUUUAUUUUUCAGCACCUUCUUUUAAACUUUAUUUAUUGAUAUUAAAAAUGUAUUCACAAAAAUGCAAGUUAUCUAAUCUGUUAAUGUCUUGACAUAGAGAUAAAUUACUGGAACAUUCUACCAUAAAAGAUGUUACUCCCUUUUGGAACUUGUGUGAGGUCUUAAUGUGUGGUGGAGUAAAAGUGAAAAAGAAUUUGAUCACUCUUAUAAAAGAGGCUCUGUUCCCCUUGGGACCUUUAUUUUAAUACACCUCCCUCUUCUCUGGCAUGAUAUAUGUAUCCCUUUUUGAAUAUGGUAGUCGUGAUUUAUAUGGGCACAUUCAAAAUUGUACUGUACUUAACCAUUACUUUAUUCUUUUGCAAGGAAUUUCGUUGUUCUCCGCUGAUUGUAUAAAGUUUACUGUGUCAAUGAUCAUUUAACUUUUCUGCUAAGUCUUGAAAAUUACAUUUUAAUUAUCAUUAUUUCCUCCAUACUUCAGUUAGAAGCAAUUUUCUUGUACUGUUUUUAUGUUUUACUAUACUGAGACUUCACGCAAAUAGAGUACAAGAUAUUCUAACAAUGUUUUAGCUGUAGUUUAAGUGGGUGAGGUUGUCCAGCAGUAAUGUCUAUUUUUGUGGGGGGGAGGGGGGUGUUAAAUGUCCUCUCUGUAUCAUCCCUUCUUUGUUUGUGACAACUAUGAAAAUAUCUUAAAGAAAUAAUACUGGCAGCAGUAUAGCAACAGGGUUUGCUCCCCAACAUAAUUAGAUGUAAUAUUCUGUGAUAAUCAGCAUUUGUUUCUAUAGUAUAAUGUGAGUUUCUGUGAAUUUUUUCUGAUAUCUCAGUACAAUAAUCAUGCUUUAUAUUAGUGAAAUCACAUUUGUUAGGCAAGUUGGGCUUUUUGUGUUGCUUGAUGUUUCUUUUACAAGACUUCAUAGCUUUAAGUUCUGCUGUACCUAGGGCACGAAAUUCUCCUUAGCCUUCCAGUAAUGUAUAUACCUUAGUGAUAUUAUAUCUCACAAGUUGUGGAGUAUACUUUCUAUGCAUUGUUAUGUUUUUGUAUAAUUAUAUAAAUUUUAUUUGAUCUAUGCUUUUCAUACCUAAAAGCUCAAGGUUAUCUGGUUGUGUUGUAAUAACUUCGGUAUUUGGAAGUGAAUUUCAUCAUUGUGUUUCAAAUGUUCAUCUAAAAUUUUGUGCAUUAAAAAUAUUUUAACUGCCUCAAAGGUCAGUCAAUCUAUACUGAGUCUUCUUAUCCAAGACAAGAGAAUAAAAUCAAAUCCAUUUAAAAUUUCAUUUAGGGGGCAGUCUAUUUUUUAUCAUUUAAGAUUUUCCAACAGCUCAUACGUGGUUCAUACUUUCUACCCUGAUAAAGGUGAAGUGGGAAACUCACUGCAAAUGAUUUGCUGUACAUAAAUUUAGGUGGGUUUACACCAUCUACAGUCAAAAGAGAUUUUGUUUCAGAAUGAGCAGUGUCCUUACCAUAACUGUAUUUUCAGUUGUGUUAUAUGUUCAUUUGGUAGUGGGUUUUUACUAAUUUUCCUUGCAAAAUUACCCUUGUCAUUUUUGUAAUCUGAAGAAUUUAUCUUCCUCAGUCAACAUUCUGUCAUAAAAUUACAACAUUCCUUUGAAAGAAAACAAACAUGUUUCUUGUUCCAUUUGCUCUACUCCCCAUGGAAGAGUCGGCCAUUUACCCUUAUAUUUGCAAUUAUGAUUAUCUUAAAUAAAAGAUGCACCAACUGUAAGGGUCAAGGGUGUGUGUCCCAGAGUGGUUCUGUAUAGAAUGACAAAAAAACAUUUCAAUCCAUGUCCCUUUGUCAUCUGACUAACUUAUGUAUCUAUGGAAUGUAAUGGCUAUACAGCCCAUAGUCAUUUACUUCACUGACUGAGGUGCCAAUGCUGUGAUGAUUUUUUUUAAAGGAAGAAUACAGACCAUGCUGGGAUAUCACCUUGCCUCUGUUCUUUCUGGUUUAUUAUACAUAACAUUCCCAUCACAUAUGACACCAUCAAGAUGAAUGAGUUAAAUAAAAAAAAUUUAUUUGUUAAUUUGGCUUUUUUCCAAUCUUAACUCGCACUGUAUUUAAGGUUUUUUUAUUUAUGGUAGUGGAUUCUGUACUUUUUAGAGCAUUGAUAAGUGUUACAAACCAUCUGUGCUGGUAUGUUACAAAGACAUAGCACUGUGUUAUAAUUUAUGGGCUUGGAAGGUGCAUUUAUUGGAAAGGGUGCUGCUAAAAUGAUGAACUGUCAGCAAUGAGUUAAUUGUUAUAUGUAUUUAUUCUUUGUUGUUAUGUUAUUUUACAGAUAUAAUUUGGUACAUAAUGUAAUGACAUAUAGCACAUUUCCAUUGAUUACCCCCUUUGCUAAUAUUGCCGUAAGAUCGUACAUGGCCGUGCAUUUCAUACAUCUCUCCAGUCCUAGUCGGGGGAAUAUAGACAGAACAGUCUGCACUACCAUUUCAGACUAUUUAUUUUAAUGCAGUUUGUUCAUGCUGUCAUAUAUUUUAUUCUCUACCUUGUGUAUUUAGGAUAUUGGUUUUAAAUUGAAAUUUCUAAAAAAUCUGCAAGGACAUUAAAGCAUGUGUGUGUUUAUACACGUGCUAAUAGAGUAUGAAAUAACUUGAAUCACAUGGAUCCAAAAUUUCUUCCAGCAUGUCAGUAGUAAGGAAAUGGGGUGUGAGAAUGUAGACUGAUCCAUCUGGCUAAGUAAGGACAGGGUCCAGUGGUGGGCUCUUGUGACCAUGAUCGUAAACCUUCAUUUUCCAGAAAAGGCAGGAAAUUCGGUGACUAGCAGAGCAACUAAUAAGAGCUUUUAGAGAGCUCUGUACCUGGCAGUUAUUCUGUGUUGAUAACAUAGAUUGGCAUUUUCUAAUUCCUACAAUCCCCAUCACAAAACAUGAAUUUUUAUGUGUCACCAUACGUAUGGCUAUGACUGAUAUUGCAGUAACCCACAUGAAAACCCAUACCACACAUUACAGCUUUUUAUUUUGUGUUAUAUAACUUUAAAAGUUGUAUUUCUCUUGAGAUUUUAGGUUAUGUAAGCUGUAAACUGCUUGUAAUUUGGUAGCCUUGUCUCGAUGUCUGUACAAGGAUUUACUGAUGAUGCUUCCUACUUAUAGUAACUGCUCUGUAAACUUUCCUUGUGCAAUGAAAAUGUUUGACAGCUAGUAUAUUGUAUGGAUGUACAUGUAUGAUGGACCGUGAGUGUCUAGAUAUUAUGUGGAGUAUUAUGAGGUAGGAUACCAUCAUUGUGAGUCAUGAACAUAGAAUAAAUAUUAUCAGUUAUUGUGACAUUUGUGUCAUAUGGAAAAUCUUAGGAAUUGUAUUAUCCUUUGUAUGUAUCUCUAAGAGAUUUCUUUAUCUUCCAGAUUUUUAGUGCAUUAUGUAAGAAAAUUGGUAUAUGGAGAAGCAUAGUAACGGAAAAUAGCGCUAGGGGGUUGUAGGCUGCACCGCACAAGCAUGUAGUUUACUCUCCUGCAGACUUAUUGACACCUACUCAUUACUCUAACAGAAACAGAUUUGGAAUUAAAGGUAAAAUGAUGUGGAAGUGUCAUCUUUAAUGCAUUUGUUUUACUUUUGUAUCCCGGUACAAUAUUAAAAAGUCUCAUUGUACAUUAACCUUUAUAAGCCCAAUGUACCUUGACAGGAAACUUGAACUGUGUCUUUAAAGACCAUUUGUACAGGAACGUCUAUAUCGGUGAUUUAAUUUCGGUAUAAGGGUUAAAGCAAGGGAAAGUUGGGCCAAAUAAAAUGCAUUAUCUUAAUAGUAAAUUAUGAUUCCAUGAAACUUUCAAGUUCAUUUUAUACGUAAAUCUGACCUAUUUUCUUUAAGCACUUCUGUUGUUUGGUUUAAACAGACUGACAUUUUAUACAAUUCUUUAUUUAUCAUAAACUUAAAGUGUUACAUAUUAAUUUUCCUGAAUUGUGGUUUGGAAGAGUUAAUAAAAUUAAGAGCAAAAUCAGCUGCUUAUGAGACUUCUGCUUUCUUUUGUCUUGACAUGAGGCGGUCCUUCAUAAAUACGAAGAGUGUUUUGUAUUGCAACUCCAGAAGACAGCAUACAUUCAUAAUGAUUUUUUAUAUAAAUAUUUCUAUAUAAAUGUGUAUAUUGGUGCCUUGUACAAAUGAAGUUAAAAAUUUCUAAGGCAAAGAUGAGUUUUUGUAAGAUAUAUUAUAAUAAUGAAUAUUUUUAUAUGUUCAUCAGAGAGUUAAAACAAAUGUUCUGGAAACACAAAAAAUAUAUGUUAAAAGUAAAAAUAAAGUCAAGCAGGUAUUUAAAUGGUGUUAGAAAGAUGUUCACACAAAAACUAGAGAGGACUUAUAAAAUAGUAUAGUAUAUAAAUGUAAUGAUGUGUUUUGUAUUGUAAAAUGUAAUGUGAUGUAGGAAAUAUGUACAUAUAUAUAUGUGUGUAGGUAUGCAUUAGUUGAGCUUAAAAAAUAACCUUUCUCUGCAUUGGCUGGAUUUUGGACCUCGUAUUUAUCUGUUAUGGUAUAAAUAGACUUCUCCAUUAGCAUAAAUAACAUGGCUCUGAAGUACUUGUUGAUGAAAUGCUUAUAUCAGUCUUCAGCAUUUUCAGGGAACUCAUUUUUUAUCCAGUAUUUUGUAAUGCAUUUUAUUAAAAUUUACUCCUUUGUAUAUGAUUCAAUAUCACAUAUAUUUAACCACAUGUUAUGGUUGUAUAGCAUUUAUGGGGAAUUCCUGAACUGUUAUGCCUUUCUUUGCAAAUUGAUAUUUCAUGUUUUAUUUGCCCAUAAAUCUUUUUAAAAAGCAAAGCUUUAUUGAUAUUCAAUAUUUUCAGUAUUAAAAAUGAUCAGAAACUUCUCAUACAGAAUUAUCUUUAAGAGUGACCAGGAGGUAUAUAAUUCUAUAGAUACAGUAUGAUGCAUUUUAGAUGACCCACAUAAAGUCAAUAUAGGAGAAAGAAGAAUUAUAUUUCAUAGCAUAAAUUAUAUAUUUAUUGGCCAAAAGUGUAGGUCAUUCAUUGUGAUUUACCUUUUCAGUUUGAUAUGAUGUAAUCACACUCAGAUUAUUCAUGUAACAUUGUUUGUAUAUUGUUCCUGGCAUGAACGCUGGUUCACAUACAAUAAAUUAGCAAUUUCAAAACUUUUGUAAGAGCAAAAGGGGUUUAAUUAAUUUGAUGAUUUUAGGACUGGAGAGGCAGAAUACACUAGUAAAUCUAAAUACAUAACAUGCAAGGCCCAAAAUCAAGCAAAUGUCCAUAUGCCAACUUUUAUUCUUUUUUCUGCAUUUAAUGUCUUACCUAUGGCAAUCUUUAAAGUACAGAAUAUACUGAUGAGAACAGUCAGUGAAAUACAUUUUUAAAACAAAGCAAAGAGUUUAGUGAGAUGCUUCAUGAUAUUAAUUGUAAGGCAAAAUGAAUUACUACGAUGUACUUUUGCCCUUCCCCUUGUACUCAGGCAAAAUGUUUUUGUACGACAGUACUCUAUACAUAAUUGAUGCUUUGUUCUUUGUGGGUUUUUUUCCUGGACAGCUAUAUAUACAUAUGUGUGAUUUUUUUAAGAAAAUUGUUGGUAUCUGUUUUAGAGAACACAUUGUGCAACAGACGAGUGAUGUUAGUGUUGUGUAUGCGGAGAGACUGAAAGUAUUACUAUAUUUAUAGGAAAGUGAAUGUUCUCAAUAGUGAUCAUCAAUCAUGACAAAGAAAGAUGAAAAUGAGAAAGGAAAUCCAUCUGAGAUUCUAACUACUUGAAGGUAACUUUCAGUUUUUAUCAGUAUAUAUAUAUAUAGUUUGUGAUUUUUACUUACAUAUUUUUAUCUAAUGCUGUAAACAUAUCUGUGAUUUAAUAUAUUUGCUUCUGUUUAUUGUAUUAUCAUGGCAAUGUUUCCCAUGGGCCCGUUCAUAAGUGACGAAACUUUGGUUGUUUUUUUUGUCAGUGUAUAUUGGCAGGAAAGAGGUCUAGCAAUAGAGAAGUCUUGAAAACUUUUGGAAAAUCAGUAAACCUUCAUGUAACUUUACCAGGUUUUUGGUUAUUUGGAGACAAUGGUAUUAAUAAUCUGUAUAAUUUCCCCAUUUUAUUUAUAUAAAAAUUUUACUAAUAAAAUAUAACUGGAAUUUUGUUGGAACAUGUUCAGUAGCCAUUUUAAUAGGCUUUUUUUUCAUUUCUGACAUAAGGUCUGGAGUUAUUAAUUUCUCAGAUACAGUCAGUUAUUAAAUUGAUCUUUCAUAAGUAAUUUUCCAUUUUUAGAUUGUCGCAAAUAAUUUUGGUUUUGUUGCACAGUUUUCAGGUAUAAUUUUUUGGGUUUAUAGGUAAUUAUUUUAAUACAGCAAUAAGUAGCUUUCACUUAGAAAUAUUUUUCUCCAAAGAAAUACAUGAGGAAAAGUAUUUGAAGUGUUGGUGCUAUUUCCACAAAUCCCAGAUCUGUCUUCCAAAUUUCAGACAGAUAUCUUGAAUUAUCUGCUCUUUUUUAAGUGUUUUUUAAAUAGCAUUAUUUAAAAAACAAACAUGUCUUUUUGGAAACAGGACAGUGAACAUGGGAAUCCCUGCCUUUCUGUAGUUUAUUAAUUUCUGCAUAAUAAUUGGUAUGUGCACUCUUAUUCUGGUUACAGUAGGAUAAGUUAAUGUAAAAAUAUAUGCACGUUAGCCAAAGAUUGGUAAAGAAUUUUGGGUUUGUUCAUUGGUCCAUUUUUAUUUGUGUGCGCAUUUCACACGUAUGUAAUAUUUCCAUCACACAGAUAAUUUAUAAUAAUAUUUUAAAUUUUACAUGGAACAUUUAAUGUUUAAUGUGUAACAUUUAAAAUAUAACAGUGAACUGAAAAGUUUUGUUUUAUGUAAUGAAAGUAUCCACAGUAUAUGUUCCUGAAUAACCCGAUAACAAGAUGCUAGAAUAUAAAAUCAUGCAUUCAAACAAAACCGUUUACACUUGAAAAGACACUUAGUGCCAAACUUCCUGAGGUCAAAACGCGUUUGGCAGUAAUUGUCUUUUCAAAUGUAAACGGUUUUGUGUGAAUGCAUGAUUUUAUAUAUUUCAUAUAUAUCCAUCAUCCCCACUCUGAAACUACUCUUAUCACUACUUUAAAACACAAAAAAUGAAAUAAUGAAUUUUAUACCUUACUGUAACAGAAUAGUUUGCAUCAUUACUCAUCGAGUGAGCCACAUGUAUUAUGUGAUUAGACCAGUGAUGUUCUGAUUAUAAAUUAAAUUAAUUUAUUUUCAUUUCAAGCUUCUUGAUAAUUCUGAUAUUAUUAUAAGUGAAGGUUUGGAGAAAUGUGGUUUUAAAAAGAUAAGCAAAUUUCAUCUGCAGAGCUUAUUUAAAGGGAGUUUAAUGCAUGGAGAAAGUGGAGUAAUCUUUGCAACUUAGUGCAAUCAAUAAAAAAUGUCUUGUACUGUUAAAUGUAUGAUGUGUCAAAUAAGAUAAAUUAAUAUAAGUAAUUACUGAAUAAUUAUAUAUACAAUGCAGAAAAUCAGUAGCAUCUGUAUUUAUGUCAGCUGUGACAAUCCCACAAAAAUAGCAAAAUCCAAAAAGGAGUACAUUAAUUUGUAGCUUAAAUUUUUUUUAAUUUCAAUGUUUCAGUAACUGAACUUCAAAACAGCCAUUUGUGACGUAUAUUUCUUGCAAAAACUCCAAGAUUAUGAAUUGUUAUUUAUUAUGAGAUUAAACUCUGGUAUGACCUUCAUUUUGUGCAAUUUGUAUCAAAUAAAUAUUUAUCAAAACA